UGCCUCAGUAAAAUAAGGACUCGCCUAAAGACCCUACGUCACUUGUAAUCCACGCUCUUGCCGUUCUAACUCCAAGCUAUUCUAUCUAACCUUGAUUUUCUGAAAAAUGGCUGCAAGACCUAGAGGAUAUGGCUUUUCUGCUGAAGCAAAGAGAAAGAUCGAAGCCAAGUACGAUACCGAACAAGAAGAGAAGGCACGAGAAUGGAUUGAGGCUGUUCUGGCCGAGAAAGUCUUCGAAGGGAAGGAAGGAAUUGACGGUGUACAUGAAAUCCUGAGAAGCGGAGCUGUACUAUUAAGGGUAGCCAACAAACUUGGCGCUAACAUAAAAAUCAAUGAAUCGAAAUUGGCGUUCAAGCAGAUGGAAAACAUUGGAAAUUUUCUUAAAUUUAUGGAAUCAUAUGGAUGUGCAAGAAGCGACUUAUUCCAAACUGUGGACCUCUACGAGAAGCAGAAUAUGCCAAGUGUAAUCGAUGGUAUCCACGCAUUAGGCCGCAAGGCCGCUCUUAAGGACCCAAAUCUUCCCCAACUUGGACCUAAAGAAGCGGAAGCGAACCCACGUAGUUUCUCAGAAGAACAAAUGCGAGGAAGACAAGCAAUCCACAUGCCCUGACGUCGAUAGCUAGCCCCUCUAGACCUUUAUCUUAAUUAGCCAUUCCGAAGAUUGAGGGAAGAACUGGUUUGCGAGAUGGUUUCCAAGAUGCUGUCUAAUUUGUCCCAUAAAACAGCCCUAAAACGCACUGCAACACCAACUCGACCCAGUGUUUCCCCCAACCUCGAAAUGGCUAAUUUGUUUACUUAACUUCUUAAGAAAAAUCCCUCGUCCCUCUUCCCUUUUUUAUCGCGAUAAGAAACAGCCGAGCUAGGACUGGACACGAGGAAGGCCUGGAUUUGGUGACGUGGAUCGUGACUCUCGAAAGUCUUGCGUGACAAGKUGAAAACCCGAGAAAGACUCUAUGUGCAUUGUGAAGUAUAGUACCCAAAACUUGAUCGAUGAUAUUGGCGUGAAGUUCUAAACAUGGCGUACAUAGGGUACUAUAAAUAAGCCGAAUGAGAAAAUCGUUUGCAAUAUCGCAUGCGACAAUUGAGUCGAUUGGAAUAUGAUACGGUAAAUCAAUUGCGCAACAGUAGUAAUUGUAAAGUCUGACGUCUUUAUUUUUGGAUGUCAAACGAUAAAAAAGAAAAGAGGGACGAUUCUUCACCGCCGCUGAUUCACAACAUAGGAAUUAGUUACAAGAUAAAUCGUGAAUGAUUUUUUAUGUAGAUUGGUGGCUUAAAUAAAAUAAACUAUUCUGAUUUCCAAA